CGUAAAAAUCAAAAUGUCAAUUAUUUUACAGUAAUUAUCAAAAACUAAAAUUAACAACAAAUGUUCAACUCCCGGGGAGUUUGCAGUACACCAAGAGCCAGGCCAAAUAAUUGGUUAAAGUACGUAUUGGGUCUCUGUUUACUCGUUUCAUUGUACAUUAUAAUUGUUUUAAUACACAACGCACAGCAGAUACGAAACUUAUCAGAAGAAGUUGCCGUUUUAAAGCACGAAAUAGACAACAUUUUUGACGAAAAUCGAAUCUAUGCAAUCGAAGAUACCUUGAACAGCGUUAAAAGACACCAAGAGUAUCUAGAAAGAAACGUAAAAUCUUUCAUAAAUGAAGAGUUGGAGACUUUCGGUGCUGACAAAACUGGACAGGUCGAUUUUGCUUUGGAAGCAUCAGGUGGGAAAAUAGUCAAGUUGUCUCCUGAUACGCAAAACUUCAAUUUGGCAACAACAGUAUUUGGCAUACCCGUGUGUGAAGGAUCUCAUAGUCCUAGAGCCAUGUUGCAAGCUGAUAUGUCACCUGGUCACUGUUGGGCCAUUAAAGGAUCUUAUGGGGGUGCUGUGGUGAAGCUGAUAGGAAAAGUACACAUAACUGCAUUUACCCUUGAACACAUUUCUAGACAUAUGUCUCCUACUAAUGAAGUAACGUCAGCUCCUAGAGAUUUUGAGGUCUGGGGUCUCAAUGAUGAUCUGGUCAGAGAGGAGUAUCUCGGUCGAUUUAGUUACGAGUUAAAUGGCCAACUGUUUCAAACUUUUCCUGUAGACAGCUCCAAUAAUUACGAAUAUGUGGAGUUUAUUAUAUUGACCAAUCACUACCAUCCGGUUUUUACUUGUAUAUACAGAUUUAGAGUGCAUGGUAUUCUGAAGGUAAACAUGAAAAAUUAAGCGUCUUUUGUAUUAUAUUUACAUUCUACUUUAUAAUUAUAGUUUUAAUUUUA